ACCUAUUCGUACUUUUUUACCAGGCCCAGAUUUUGCUUGAAUUUUUUCCACACCAACCUCAAAACAGCCACGAACUGAGACGCCGAAGGACGUAAAACGAAUYGCAAACAUAAAUGUGGAAUUGCGACGAGGAUGUAAACGAAUGCGGGGAGCCCAUCGAGCUUUAUCUGCCAGUUCAAGCCCCCCCCCGAAAGACCAACACAGCCCCACAAGAUUCUCAUAUAGGAGGACACCACUGCUUUGAUGACAAUUUUACACCUUCUUGUGAUGUGUGCGAUGAUAAAAUGUUUUUAAUGGCUCAAUUGAGAUUGCAAAAUGCUUCCUCUGGAUUCCUUGAAGAUCGUUUUGAGAGAUUUAUAUGUGCCUUUUCGUGUCCCAAAGAAGAAUGCUUCGGGCAACUUGUUUAUCAACAAGGAUUCUCGACGAAAGGUGGUCACGGUGUUUUCAAAUGCAUCGAAAAACGCGUUCCACUCAUCAGCAAUGAGAACAAAGUCAAACCUAAUAUACCUGUGGCAGUCAACAAGUCCUCUUGGUAUGACGAUAAUGACGAUGGUAAUGAUGACGACGAAUGGGGCAUGGGGGAUGACGAUGAUGUGAACCUGGAAAACGCUGUCGCAGCAAUGGAAAGCAAGUUGGAUGAGGGUGGUGCCCUUGUUAUGGAUUCGAGGAAGACAGCAAAAAAGCCACACGCUUCCUUGGCACCUUCGUCGUCUGAAGAUUCCCUUAGUGCUUUUGGUUGCUUUCUUCUAAAGAAGCAAAACGAGCCCAGGUCUACCAAAUCAUUCUUGGAAGACGAAGAUGAUGUAGGACUGUCCGAAAGUGACGAGAAAAUUCGCAAUAUGCUUGCAAGAUACAUGGCAGAAGAAGAAGACGAAGACAUUCUCGCUGCAAUUGGUGGAACAAAUGCAACGGGCGGCGGUAGCGGCCCAACAGAGGAAGACGAACGAUUAUCGGCGGAGGAUCGAGUACUUCGAGGUUUUCAAGAUCGAAUGAGACGGGCUCCUAGGCAGGUCAUUCGAUAUGCCAACGGAGGCAAGCCGCUUUGGUCCAUUCCCGAUGUGAAUCACAAUGUACCAAAUUGCCCUUUGUGCGGUGCAGAAAGAACAUUUGAAAUGCAGGUGUUGCCAUCUAUCUUGGACGCGCUAGGGGUCGAAAAGUAUGAAACCAAGACCAAAAGAGAAGCCGGAGAUGAACCUCUGGCACUUGGUGAUCUCUUAUCAAAUGGACUGAAUUUCGGUUCGAUUGCUGCCUACACAUGCUCGAAUCCGGCAUGUACACCUGAGAAGAAGGAAGCGUAUUUGGUGAUUCAAAAGAGUGUUGACGAUUUACCAGAGAAUGGAAAUACGAAAAAAAUUUGCGGGGAUAACUUAUCUACUCCUACGGUGGCAGUAGUAGAGGAUCUGGACGAUGAUGCUGAGUUUGAACUCGACGCGUGAACGAGUUUACCUUGCAGUCGGUGAUACAUAUUCGACGAGUCUCGAUAUGAUAAGAACAGCGUGUUUACCAAGAAUUUCCCAGAUACAAAACUUAAUUUCCUGACUAAACAGAUUACAUUUUC